AUGGAGGUCUAAGCCAUAUCUCCCUGGUUUAGGGUUGGUUAGAUCAAUCUAUGGCUUGUAGAGUUCAUAUCGCUAACCCCAAAGUAACCCAACUAUACAAAGUAAGAACAUUGCUAUAUAGUAUAUCACUAGGUGCCCAUAUAUACGUCGAAAUCGUGAUUUUAUAAAUAGUGCACUUAUUUUAUUGUUUCCAUCUAACUCAUGACCACGGAUUUAUAAAAAUAGGUUACCACGUUUUCCACGUCAACGUUUGUGUGCGUUUGGUUGUUUUAGUUGGGAUCCUGUACUGGUCCAACGGAGUUUACAAAAGAUAUAGAGGUAACGUAGUAGAAGCUCCAAAAGCAUUUUAAAAACACAGACAGGGAACUCGAAGUUUAGAACGCCAGAAAGAUAGACUUCAGCCCUUCGUCACCAUCUCUUACAAGUCAGUGGCAAGGGGAAAAAAAUUUAUCAGUGACACGACAACGCUGACUUUCCUACUGCUGUGUUGUCCUGUUGAUUAAAAAAAAGUCCAACAAACCUGAAAAGACUAGUCAACCGGGCAAAUGCAAUUGCCUCUUUUCCCUUUCCACCUUCUUUCUCCUCUCUUUCUAUGCUGCAGAUCCGAUCCCUCUAAUCAUCUCUACACUAUUUCCGGUGCUGUGGCACCAUCUCCAUUAAUUGGGCAAACAAGCUAGCAUGACGCAACCCACCUUGCUGUUCCUCCUCCCGCUCUUGGCCACCUCCAUGCUCCUCCAAUUCCACGACCACGCCAGCGCCGACUGCGAGCCGGCGGCGGCGUGCGGGGACCUCACUCUCCGGUACCCGUUCUGGCUCGGGAGCAGCAGCGCCAACGACACCCAUCACGACACGCCUUCCCCAUCACCACCCCCAUGUGCCCACCACCACCCGGGCUUCGAGGUCUGGUGCAGCGACGACGGCCGCGUGGCCUCCCUGAAGGGCACCUACAUCCACGUCCUCAGCAUCAACUACAGCGCCGGCUCCCUCGUCGCCUCCCACGCCAGGAUCGCCGGCGCCGGCGGCGUGUGCCAGGCCGACUUCAACGUGUCCUCCAGCAUCGCGCUCAGCGUGUUCACGUUUAGCCCGCGGAAGAACCGCGCGCUGUGCUUCCUCUACGCCUGCAACGGCACGGCCCCGCCGAGCGGGCCCGGGUACGCGAACGCCACCUCCAGCUGCGCCGCCCCCGUCUACGCGUUCCUCGCCGACGGGGACUUCUACUGGGACAGGCCGCCGGCGGUCGCGGCGGGCGCGUGCAAGUACAGCUACGUGCCGGUGCUCGGGUCGGAGGCGGCGGUCAUGACGGCGGCCAACUACAGCCGGCUGCUCAAGGACGGGUUCGUCCUGAACUGGGAGGUGGCGGGAGUCGCCGACUGCCAGGACUGCAACGCCAGUGCCGAGCAGUGCCGGCACGGCAACAGAAGCGCCGCCGCGGGGUCUACAUGCGCCGGACCAAAAGGCAGGACAAGUAAGGUAGUCGGAAUUGUAUGUGGAGUAGUAGCCGUCAGUCUAUUGGCAGCGUGCUUCUUUUUUGUCUGGCACAAGCGCAAGAGGAGGAAACAAGCUAGAGCACCAAAUGGCUUCAUGCAUAGUGAAUCUUCAUUGCAAUCAUACAGCAAAGACCUUGAGUUGGGUGGCUCUCCACAGAUUUUCACUUAUGAGGAGCUUGAAGAAGCUACUGAUGGAUUUAGUGACUCGAGGGAACUUGGUGAUGGUGGUUUUGGAACUGUUUACAAAGGGAAACUCCAGGAUGGGAGAGUAGUUGCGGUUAAGCGCCUCUACAAGAACAACUACAAACGGGUUGAACAGUUCAAAAAUGAGGUAGACAUUUUGUCCCGCCUCCUCCACCAGAACCUAGUCAUCCUAUAUGGCUGCACGUCGCGUAGCAGCCGUGACCUUAUGCUCGUGUACGAGUUCGUCCCUAACGGGACAGUCGCAGACCAUCUUCAUGGAUCCCGUGCGUCAGAACGCGACCUUACAUGGCCUCUAAGGGUGAACAUUGCCAUAGAAACAGCUGAAGCACUUGCAUACCUCCAUGCGGUCGAAAUCAUACACCGCGAUGUCAAGACCAACAACAUACUGCUGGACAACAGCUUCCACGUCAAAGUCGCCGACUUUGGGUUGUCGCGUCUGUGCCCUCCUGAAGUCACACACGUAUCAACUGUCCCGCAGGGCACACCAGGCUAUGUUGACCCGGUGUACCACCAGUGCUACAAGCUAACUGAGAAGAGCGACGUGUACAGCUUCGGCGUUGUGUUGGUGGAGCUCAUCUCCUCUAAACCAGCUGUUGACAUGAGCAGGACCCACAGCGAUAUCAACCUGGCCAACAUGGCUCUCAACAGAAUCCAGAACCACGAAGUUGAUCGGCUGGUUGACCCUGAGCUUGGAUAUGAGACUGACGAUGGAACAAAGAAAUCGAUAGAUCUCGUCAUGGAGUUGGCAUUUCAGUGUUUGCAGUUAGAAAGGGAUUCAAGGCCGUCAAUGAAGGAAGUAGUGGUGGCCCUGAACUGUAUCAAGAAUGGGGAUUCCCCAGAGAAUAAGAUGGACAGGAGCUCCUCAUCUCCUAAGGAAGACGCACACUUGCUGACCAAUAGCAUACAGUAUUCGCCUGACUCUGUAAUCCACAGAUUCCAUAGCCAAUCGACUACGCACUCGGCAGCAUCAAAUGCUAGUGGAUGAGAUACCUUGUAUAUAUACUGAUCCUGAAGAAAUAAAGCCCCAUCGGACGAAUUGUAAACAGUAUAGAGAUUUGUUAGUGAACUGAUUCAUCUGGGUAAGUUGUUUCUUCUUUGUUAACUGGCUCGUAGUACAAAGCCGGGUUGUAUGUGACCACAGCAGGAGCUUGGCAUAAUCUUAAACAUUAGGGAAAGUAGUAGAAUCAGUCUCAGGCCAAAAAAUCUACAAGCUUUUUUUUUCAUUUUGACAAAAGAAGGGGGGGGGGGGCUGCCGAUGACAGUAAUGGAGCAACACGAAACAAACAAAUCAAGCUCGUACUCAUUGGCUGACAGUCCAGUUCCAGUAUUUGGUCUAUCAUGUUUAAGUUAUCUUGACCAUGCACUUUGUGGUCUUUUAGGCGUGAUCACUUCCAUUUUAUAUUACCACAUUCGCACU